UUGGUAAUUGACUUGCCAACUCGCUGGGACACUCUGUUGUAUAUUUAUUAUUAUUGUUUGUGAUUGAGGUUAUGUUCUGAUGUAAAAAUGUAAAUUCUUGUUUACUUUUCCUUGAAAUGGAAUUUCUGUUGAUAAAACUUAUGCAGGUAGACAAAAAUAAUUAUAAGUGAUUCAUAGUGCUUUAAUAACGAAACUCUCACCUACCUUUACAAGACAAUAAUAAAUAAGAUUCAUCUCUUUAUUUAUUUAAACCCAAAUGGCAGCUUUUACAGGAAGCGAGUUCAACAACCUCGCUAAACUCCUCUUUUAAUGCCUCAGCACUACCAACCCAGAUUUCGACAAUUUCCAUGUAAAACUAACGUAUCCCCGAGUUCAGUUUGUUUUAAAAGACAUGCAGCUAUACCCUAAAGUAUUUGCGAAAUUUACCGAAGACAAAAAAGAUGAUCAAGUCGCAUUGAAGCAUUAUGAAAAUGGAAGGCUUGCUUUCAACAAUUUGAAUUAUUGGGCUUUGAAGAUUACACUCGGUGUAUUCCAGGCCAUAGAAAGCGAGCAGAAUGUUUUUUUUUUCAUCUUAAAAUGAAGAUCAGGUGUGAAGAGGAAAUUGAACGCGCGCAAAGACAGUUUGAAAAAGGAAAUUGAUGAUCUUGUUGCGAAAAUAAAACAAAUUUAAGAUAUGACUUCCAAUAGUUACAGUAUUGAAUCAAUUACCGAUUGUAGCAACUUUCACAAAAACGACCACAUUCAAGCGCCAACAGCUGUAUUAAAAUAACCCCCAGUUCGAACUUUAUUGUCGCAAGUCGAGACAUCCAAAUUGGGGAAAUACAUACAAAUACAAAUAGAUACACCGAAAUUCAUUUUUUGAAACCACACGCUGCAUUUUUACGUUUCGAUAUUUUUCACCAAGCGAUUGUGACCGCAUUGUGACCACAAUAUAUGAGUUUUGUUUUGACACUCAAACCAAAUUCAACGUGUUUAUGAUGUUGCAGAGUUGCAAAGGAGCUCCAGUGCGGUAAAAAUUUACGAAUUUGCGCAAAAAUACCAUUUUUGUAGCACUGCUAACUACGGCUUGGGUCCUACUCGCUUUUUUUGUGUUGUUUUCGUGUUGUGCGAAUGUUAUGAAGACUUAUUACGGAAAUGUUAUGGUUUUGCGUGCUUUAAACACUAUUAAACAAGGGGAAUUGUGUUUUGUUAAUCGAUUUGGUCUUAGAUACGACGCUGCUGAUAAAAAAACAUGCCAAACAUUUCUCGCAGAUUAUAAAAUUCCGUUUUGUGAUUGUAGGACAUGUGAGGAAGAUUGGGUCCCGAAUUUAGAUGGAGUUGAAGCAAUUUGUCAAAACUGGAUAUUUCUGUUAUGGAUAUAGGGUAGAUUGUGAGAGAUUUAAUUGGAGUAAAUGUGGAUAAGGCUAGUGAUUUUUUGCCGCUAUUGAAGGAAGAACUCGAGAAGUGUGAGUCGGUUGAACCGAAAGGAAGAGCAUUGGCUUUGAAACAUUUAAUUGUUCAUUGUUUUGUGAUAUUUGGGAACAAAAAAAUACAAAAUAACGGCCGUGAUGUUGUUUUUUAUAUUUAAAGAGUAUACUGCUUAUAUUGUUUUAUUUUUAUGGGCUUAUUUAUCUGAACAAAAUAGUCGUUAUUUAACUUAAAUAUGUAUUAUACUUUGCACUAUUAUAGUAUACCAUAGCUACAUUUUUUACACUAAACACAAAUGCGUUAUUAUGGUUAUUAAUAAUUGUUAAAUUGAGUUGUUGGUUGAUAUGUAUACCGUUUUUUCUCACCUGAGGAUGACCACUUUGUGGUCGAAACGCGUUGUGCUAUUAAAAUAAAAGUUUGGUGUGACGGGCUAAUCGUGUUUUUGUUCAUGUAUACCGAAAAUCGGUUAAAAUUUUGACACAAAUUGAAAAAAAACUACUAAUAAGACCCCUUUACACCAGUUUGUUUUUUAACUUUUUCCUCAUUCGUGUUAUGCUAAUGUUAUGAAGACUUAUCAGGGAAAUGUUAUUUUGUGAUGUUUAUUUUGACUUUGUUUUCAAAGGUAUGUUUAACAAAGCAAAACUAUAUGGGCUUGUUUUACCCCGUUUUUUAAAGUACCUUUGUUAAAAGUUAAAAUUCGUUUUUUUUUUGCCCUGUUUUUGUAUUGGGCUAAUUGAGCACAAAAAUAAAUACGGUUUCGGACAAACAAAUUCGGACAAGUCCUCAUGAGCGAAGCGAAUUCACAGCUCUGUUUUUUAAGGUAUCAUAAAAAGAAUUAAAAUGUCAACCUUAAAUAGAGAGCACAGAGCACACAUAACAUUUUCAUUAAAAAUUGGAAUUAUCGUAAUGAAGAAUGGGAAUAUAAAUUACCAAAUUCGCUAAUUUUGAAUGAAACUGAAGUCAAAAGUGAUUGGUUUCUCCAUGGUUACUAAUAUUUUAAUAAUGGCCGCCCUCAAACGGACCAAUCACAUCACUGCAUUAAAUUUUGAAUGAAUUCAAAAAUCUAAAGUGAUUGGAUUUUUACAUUAUUGUGAUGGACGACCUUAAAUCGCCCAAUCACAAUGCUUACAACUUUUACAACAAUCCUUACAUUAUUCAUUAAUAGUUUUCUUAGAGAGUGCGAUGUUUGCUAGCGAAUAUCUCGAAAACUGUUUGAGAUACAAAGAUAGCUCUUGGAGAAAAAUUUAUAAUCUUUAAUUUUGUACAUACCUACCAUUUUUUUAAGUCACACCUUUUUGCCGCCUUCUUGCGCCCAACUCUACUCUAGUAUGUUCACUUUUUAAGUUACUCAAAUACAGCUCUCCAAUCAAAAGUUCUGUUCUCGGCCUUGGAUUCUACAAUUUGGCUGUUGUCUGAUGGACUAUUAUAGAAUUUAGUGGAUAAGAAUAUAAGCAUGUAUGUAGUUUACAUGCAAUUUGCAUAUUAUUCUAGCUCUAAAUAAAAAUGAUAAAAAUAGAAAAUUUUUCUUGUAAUUAUAAAACAGCUUUCACCAAUAUUAUAAUACUUUAGUUUCAAAAAUCUGGUAUGAACAUCACAAGUAAAAAUAGGUGUUAACGUUCUUUUCAUCGAAAUAUCAACACCACCCACCCCCAUUAAUUUUCAAUUAGAUUAUUAUACCGCCACCAAUAAGUUUUGUAUUUUUUUAUUGUUUUAAGUGAAAAAAGUAAACAAGAAAUUACAAACUAUAUUUACCUAUUAUUCUUUAUUGCUUGCAUCACAUUGCAUGUUAAACAACUUAAACACAAAAACAAUUAAUUUAAGUAUUUAAGUUUACUAGAACUACUGCUUGUUGCUUCUUUUUUACUCAUCUUCCUGCUUUUCUGUGUUAAUUUUCUGAAAAUGACUAUUUAAAUUGUUUUUUAAGUAUCGUUUGGUAUCAGUGUGUGUUAGAGGCAGAGAGGUGACACUUAUUCUCUCUACUUGCAACUUUUUUACUGCUUCUCCAAAAGACUCGAAUCAUUUUGACCUUGAUGAGUUUGUUUCUGGAGCCCUUUACCCUUUUUAGUCAUAUUUAUCUUGUAAUUUUUAAUUCUGUUUUACUAAAACGUGCAAAAAAUAUUGAAAAAUAACAAUUCUGUGCUUCCCCCACUUUCUUAAUAGUAAACUGAAAAUCCCUAAGAGUAUUGGCCAACCUGAUUAUAGUUUACAUUUUUCGACAUUGUUCUAAGCUAAUUUAAGCUUGAUUUUAGUGAAAAGAUGUUCAGUCCUUUCGAUAACUUUUUUAACGCAUACGAUAGUGAUGAAGACGAGAGAUAUGAUAUUCCCAAAGCGUUGUUAUCUCAAGCACUUCAACGUAAUCCAAACUAUCUCAAACUAUUUUCUGCUAUAAAAUCGAACUCAAAACGAGUUGAUUUCGUUUAUGGUGACUUAAAAAAGUACAACUUACUGAAAUUUGUUCGAGACGACAAAGAUCAUUACGUCUCCAUUAAAUGUAAAGAAUUUGGGGACAAUUUUUCACAAAAUGGAUUCUACAGUGAAGCCUCAGUACAAUACACUAUUACUAUUACAACAGCAAAAACCCCUCAAGUCCUAGCAUCAGCAUAUGCUAAAAGAGCUAACAGUUUGUUUAUAUGUCACAAAUACGACGAAUGCUUAGCGGACAUCGAGCGUGCUCUCGCCCUCAACUGUCCACAGAGUGUGAAAAAACAGUUGGCUACACUGCGAACAAGAGUUGAAAGAAUUUUUAAACGUCCGAAACAACCUUACCACGAGCCUCUACCCACAAUUCGCAAAUCUCGUAAAAAUCCUCAAAUUCAAUGUGCAAAAAACUGCGUUGAAAUCAAACACAACGAAACUUUCGGUCGACAUGUUGUAGCAACACGAGAUAUAAACAUUGGCGAAGUUAUUUGCAUUGAAAAGCCGUAUGCUAGCAUAUUGUGCGACUUUGCUCCUUCAUAUCAGCAUUGCCACCACUGCCUGGAACUGUGCUACAAUCCUAUACCCUGCGAAAAGUGCAGUCAGGCUUGGUACUGCACUGAUGAUUGUCGUGAAGAAGCCCGAAACAUGUAUCACAGCUACGAAUGUUUGAUACUUAAGGAUGUUUUUGCGAUUACUAAACCUCGUGAAUUACUUGCAUUAAGAGUAGCAAUUUUGGCCAAAAAUGAUUAUAAAAACUUGGAUUUUUCGGGUUUGGACGGUGAUGUUUACCGUUCAGAUAGAUACCAAGAGAUUCAUAAUUUGAUGACAGGAGAAGAUGGCCGACCAGUUGAUAAAUUAUUUGAAAUGGCUGUUAUGGCAGCUUGUAUGUUUCACUUGUUGCAAAAAACGGAUUUUUUUAAUGAACCACAAAGCGAUAUUUUAGAAAAUAACUUCAAAGAAGUUCUCCUCCACCAAAUGCAAAUAAUUGAUUUAAAUAAACUGGUAAUAUAUGAAGACCUUUACUCUCAAAGAAACGAGUCAAGGCUUAAAAUUUGUGGGGAUGGAUUAUAUUCGUUUUGCAGCUUAUUUAAUCAUUCUUGUUUUUUUAACGUUGAUUAUGUCCACUAUGGCGCCACUAUCGUUUUGAGGGCUAUUCAUUCGAUCAAAAAGGGGGAACAGUGCUUUAUUAGCUACGGAGCCGAAUUUGGAGAUGCUACCAAAUAUGAACGACAGUCAUUUUUGAAGAAACAUUAUUUUUUCGAAUGUAAAUGCGAGGCUUGUGCGAAGGAUUGGCAAAAAGGAUACGAUUUGUUACCUUUUAAGUUUCCUCUACACUUGGAUUUGAAAAUGAGUGAGUUUGAGGUAGCAACUUUGAAAGAAGGUGUUGCAAGGCAUGAUGUUGACGUGGUAAAACAGUUUUUGCGACGUGUUGAACAACAGAGUCAACGGCAUGACGUGUACAAGCCUUUGGGGAAUACCAUCGAAAUGAAGAAACUGAUCGAGAAAUGCCACAGGGUAUUAGCCAACGGCAGAAAUUAAUUUUUUUAUUUUGUAUUUAUAAUUUUUUUUGAAUGUUUUACUCUAGUUUAUUUUUUGUGUUUGUUACUUAAGAAAAUUACCAGUUAAAAUAGUCGUGUGCCUUUGGGGAACAUCAUGGAAAUGUAGAAACUGAUCCUAGAGGUGCCGUAGGGUAGAGAUUAUCUUUUUAUUUUUGUGUUUAUGUUUUCUAUUUUUGAAUGUUUUGCUUACUAUAGUUAAUUUUUUGUGUUUGUUACUUAAGAAAACUGCUAGUUACUUAAUAAAGUUUAUUAACAAUU